UCCCCUCUAGCCGCCGCCCCUUUUACCUCCCUCUCACAGGCUCGCUCCACUCCACCCUCCGUCGAAUUCCACUCCGGCGGCCACCGUCGGCCGCCGCGGCGCCCCCUCCUUUCAUGCUUAGGGUUGUCGUUCUAUGACCUUCUGUAGUUUUGCGCCCAUUUUUGUUAUGGAAAUCUUUCCAUUUCCAAGAAAGAACUCAUUUUGGAACCCUAACUAGCAACUCCUUUUUCUGUCGUUCGUCAUCUCUGCAGUCAAAACUCAGAAAGCAUGCAUCGAAACUUAUUUAGGGCCGUCCGGAGAUCGUUUGCUAAUUUUUGUGACGCGCAGAUAGUGCGGAAAAGGGCUUGGAAGAAUGGCGUACGUAGAACACAGCCAUCUCAUACUUUUUCAGGUUCUCAUGAUUUCAACAUUUAUCAUUUGAGAGACAAUGUGGGGACUGGAUUUGUGCAGCUGCAAGUUGUUAAUGCACUUUGGAAAGGAGAUAGACAGCUAGCCUCCAAGAUGCUUUUGGACCUUGGUGAAGUAAAUGACAAGUUAAGUGCUAAGGAUUUUGCCUGUAUUUUGGAAUAUUGUGCACGCACGCCAGAUCCCUUGUUUGCUAUGGAGACAUGGAAAAUCAUGGAGGACAAAAUGAUAGACAUAAACAAGAGAAGUUGUAUAUUCAUACUUCAAGCUUUCAGCAAAGGAGGAUACAUUAAGGAGGCAUUUAACUGGCUCAAUUUUCUUGCGGAAAAUGAUCGGAUGCAUUAUGCGCCAAUGUUCAAUAUUUUCUUAAGUGGAUGCUGGAGUUCAAAGAGCUUUAAUCAUGUAAACCGCUGCUUGGAGCUAAUGGAAAACCAACUUGUUGGCAAGUCUGAAAUAACUCAUUGGGAACUUCUUAAGCUUGCAGUUUUGCAGAGGAACUUGUCUGCAGUUCAUGAGAUUUGGAAGGAAUAUACUAGAUAUUACAGUCCAAGUGUCAUAAUGCUACGGAAAUUUAUUUGGUGCUAUGCUAAAUUAGGUGAUCUUGAUUCUGGAAAUGCUGUCUUGAAGCAUCUUUUGGUGCUUGCUAGGCAAGGAAGUGCCUCACUUUCCAUAUCUGGCACAGGGAAUUAUCAAUCAUCAGCAGUAGAUAUUCCUAUACCAACAAAAGAGAAGUCAUAUGAAAAGAGAUUUUCAUUAGACAAUUUGAGUUCCUUGACAUUUGAAGGAAACCCAGAGAAAAAUGAAGGCCCCGUUGAAGUUAGCAUGGAUGAAUCCAGUAUGGGACACCACAGCAUCAUGAAGAAUCUUGAUUUGAAGAAAAGUUUUGAAAGUCAAUCAAAAUUGAAUAUAAUUGAUGCACUUCUAUUGAAAAUCAAUGGAAAUACUUUUUUUAAUGAAUUAGGGAAAGGUAGAUGCAUUCCUGUGGCCCAUACAAUCUUUGAUGGUGCUGUUCGAAUUGACAGUUCAAACUUCCAAGUCAAACAAGAAGAUUUUUCUGAACUUAGCAGUGGAAAGAUGAAACAAGGAUUGGAAAUGACCUCUUGUCCACUUAAGAACUUGUUGAGGUGGUCUUUCAAUGACAUGAUACAUGCCUGUGCACAAUCUAAUAACUACCAAAUGGCUGAGCAGCUAUUUCUGCAGAUGCUUGACAUUGGAUUGAAACCAUCAGAGCAUACAUACGAUGGCUUUGUUAAAGCUGCCAUUGAAGGGAAAGGAGUUGAUUAUGGCAUGAAAGUGGUUAAGAUGAUGCAGGAAAGGAACAUCAAGCCAUAUAAUAACACUUUUGCAGUUCUCUCAGUUGGUUACAGCAGAACUUUAGAACUGGAUAUGGCUGAGUCCUUUUCAAAUAAAAUAUCUGAUAAAUUACCGAAGAACAUACAUACCUUCAAUACCUUACUUGCUGCCUGUGGUUUCAUGGAUGAGCCAGAACGUGCUGUCCGUGUACUGGCAAAAAUCAAGAGAUUGAAAAUCAAGUUAAAUAUCAGGACUUAUGAACUCAUGUUUACCUUGUUUGGCACCGUCAAUGUUCCUUAUGAGAGAGGAAAUAUACUCUCACAUAUGGAUGUUACCAAAAGAAUAGGUGCCAUCGAGAUGGAUAUGAUGAAGAAUGGAAUUCAUCACAGUUAUGCAUCCAUGAAGAAUCUGAUAAGAGCUCUAGGAUCUGAAGGUAUGAUACAAGACAUGCUGCGGUAUUUAGAUAUUGCUGAGAACUUGCUAUGGCAGACCGAUGCUCAUCAAACAAAUGAUUUGUAUAAUAUUGUACUGCAUGCACUAGUCAAGGCAAAAGAGAGACACAAGGCAAUUGAAGUCUUCAGAAGUAUGAGAUCAUGUGGUCUUCCAGCUAAUGUUGCAACAUACAAUAUCAUGAUAGAAUGUUGCAGCAUGCUCAAAUGUUUCAAAUCUGCAUGUGCAAUUAUUUCCUUAAUGUUGCGAGAAGGCUUCUAUCCACAGACUUUGACCUAUACUGCACUGAUUAAGGUUCUUUUGGCAAAUGAAGACUUUGAGGGUGCUCUGAAUCUUUUGGAUCAAUCACACUCUGAAGCUAUUCAGGUUGAUGUCCAGCUUUUUAACACAAUUCUUCGAGAAGCAUAUAUAAAGAGAAGAAUCGAUGUUGUAGAGCUUGUUGUUGAGAGUAUGCACAGGGAGAAAAUCCAACCUAAUCCUACAUCCCUUUGGUAUACAUUCUCUGCAUAUGUAGAGAGUGAUUUUCACAGCACAGCUAUGGAAGCUCUACAGGUGUUGAGCAUGCGGAUGAUCUCUGAAGACAAUGAAAUUCUUCAAGGGAAGAAAUCUGUUUUCGAGGAACUCAUUCUUAAUGAAGACCCAGAUGUUGAGUCAGAGAUCAUCAAAACUUUUAAAGGUUCUCAAGAGUUUCUUGCAACUGCUCUGAUGAACUUAAGAUGGUGUGCCAUUAUGGGUUACUCAAUAUCAUGGUCUCCCGAGGAAAGUCAAUGGGCCAAAAGGCUUGCCAACAAAGUAUCUACUUGAUUCUCUAAGACUGGUCUCACUCAAAUUCAGCUGCCCCCUUACACUGCUGAUAUGUAAAAUAUCAGGGGCGUGUGAAUCCAACUGGCAUCUAAUGUCUGCAUCUCUCUUCAGCUGAUGACUCAUUUCCCUACAUUCAAAUCCAGAGCAAUCUGGGCUGUCUAGUCAACAUCGUUUGUUGUGCCGACAACCCUAAGGAUGUCUGAAGUUUGUGUCACCUAAAAUGUUGCUGACUCUGUAGAUACCAAGGCAAAAGCGCAUAACUAAAUUGGAUCUUUGGUGGCCAGCAUUUUCCAUGUAGGUGACUGGUUCUGGAAUCCUUGCGAUUGCUUAGUGGCUGACAAAGUCAGAGUGUCAGUGGUUUCCGAAUUCCAUUGCCAACAGCUAGCUAGAUGUUUUACUAUAUGUAGAGCAUCUUGUAUGUACUUCAGCGGAAGUCGACUAGGUUUUUGUAUCAAACAUACAGAUUCAUGUACCUUACCAAAGUCUGCUCUCGAUUUGUGUAUUAUUAAUUUGUUAGAGAUUGGUACACUGAACAUUAUUUUAUUCCUGGAUAAAAUAAGAACAUUUAUAGAUCGAACAA